AUGUCCAGAGUUAUUACUGUGACAGAGUCAUCAUUCUGCAUUCCCAGCCCCUCUGGAAAUUCCACCUGCACUGGAACGUUCACCCUCACAGGAACGUCCGUCUGCUUUGGAAUGUCCACUCGCACUGGAACGUUCACCCGAAAUGGUGGAGGAUUGGGGCAAAUUGAGGGAAUCACAAUCACCUCUUCCCUUGAUGGUGGUGAGAAGGGGAUAUCCAAUAGCGAUUUUGUUGGAGCUGGCUCCACCACCUUACGUGGUGGUGGAGAGGGGAUCGCGGAGGGCUUCUCCAGCGAUGCUGUUGGAGCAGGCUCGACCUUCACCUCUCGUGAUGAUGGUGGUGGUGGUGUGAUGGAGGGCUUCUCCAGCGAUGCUGUUGGAGCAGGCUCGACCUUCACCUCCUCUCGUGAUGGUGGUGGUGGUGUGAUGGAGGGCUUCUCCAGCGAUGCUGUUGGAGCAGGCUCGACCUUCACCUCCUCUCGUGAUGGUGGUGGUGGUGUGAUGGAGGGCUUCUCCAGCGAUGCUAUUGAAGCAGGCUCGACCUUCACCUCCUCUCGUGAUGGUGGUGGUGGUGUGAUGGAGGGCUUCUCCAGCGAUGCUGUUGGAGCAGGCUCGACCUUCACCUCUCGUGAUGAUGGUGGUGGUGGUGUGAUGGAGGGCUUCUCCAGCGAUGCUGUUGAACCAGGCUGCACCUUCACCUCAUCCGGAGGUGGAAUACGUGUUGGUGCAUGA